AGGAAAAGAGGAAGAACGACAGUUUGUUCUUGUACAAAGCGAGAAAACAAAACCCUUUCUGUUUCAUAUAAAUUGGAUGAUGUGAUUCAGGGUUUGUGUGAUUUGAAUUGGAUGAUUAUGUGCAAUAUUGACCAGGAUUGAGGAGGCGCCACAGGGAACAAAGUGAAGAGGAGAAAAGGAGAAGGAGGAAGAGCGCUGAAAAGGAGAAAAGGGACGUAAGAACUGGUUCAAUUUCUUCAGUACAAAUUUUUCUUUUGCUCUGAUAAAACCCUAAGUUGAAAAGGAGAAGACCGGAGGAAUGAAGAAUUGCAUUGAGGAAUGAUAGAUUUCCCAGUAUUCGUUGGACCAUCUUGGACUCUUGGUUACUUCCAAAGGACUUUUCUUUUCGUGUGUCAUCACAUACUUUUGAAGCAUGGAUGGAUCAUAUGAAUCUUCAAUGUGUAAUGGAAGUAACUGUAAUGAAAUGCAAUAUAAGGGAGUUCGGUAUGAUAAGUUGUCUACAGAAGAUCUUAAAGGGCAGGAGUUUAAGACUGUGGAGGAAGCUGAAUCAUUUUACAAUGCCUAUGCAAAGGCUAUGGGUUUUGGUGUUAGAAACGACUACAAGAGAUUAAGUAUACGCAUAACAGGGAGAGUCACUUCAUUGCGGUUGGUUUGUUCUGCUCAAGGGAAAAGAAGAGAAGAGUACAUGAGUAACAAGAAAAGAGUUCGCAGGCCAAAGAAAGAAACAAGAUUCAGUUGUCCAUGCUUGUUCAAAGUAAGGUACCGUUCGAAUAUUAAUGCCUAUAUUGUUGAUGAUUUCAUAACGAACCACUCACAUCAGCUUGCACAAGCACAUGAGUCGCAUCUUCUUCGAUCACACAGAUCAGUUGAAGAUCAACAUUUAGCACUGGCCACAUCUAUGCAGAGAGUGUCUGUUAAGCCUUGUCAUACAUAUGAAUACAUUGUUGAUAGAUCAGGAGGUUUUAAGAAUGUCGGGUUUAUUAUGAAGGACUUGUACAACAAGUUAGAUUCAAGACGCCGAGAAAUUUUACUUGAGGGUGAUGCAGAAGCUGCACUUGCAUAUAUGAGAGGCAAAGUUGCCACAGACUCGCAUUUCUACUGUAAGUUUAGCAUAGAUGAAGAUAAUAGGUUGGCGAAUAUGUUUUGGAGAGACUCUAAUUCUCUGGUGGAUUAUACUUGUUUUGGAGAUGUCUUGGUGUUUGAUAGUACCUACAAAACCAAUCCUUAUGAGAAGCCGUUAGUGUUGUUUGUUGGUUCAAACAAUCAUUUAUCAACCACAGUUUUUGGUUUUGCAUUACUCAUGGAUGAAACGAUUGAGACUUACACAUGGGUUUUGGAGACCUUUAUAUCGUCUAUGAAUAACAAAAGGCCUGUAGCUGUUUUGACUGAUGGGGAUGAAGCAAUGCGAAGGGCUAUUGAAGUGGUACUCCCUGGUUGUGCUCAUCGUCUGUGUACGUGGCACAUAGCAAAGAAUGCCCGGAGGCACCUGCGUAAGAACAGUGUAUUUUCUGAAUUUAGACGUUGUAUGUGGGAUGAAGUCACUCCAGAUGGUUUUGAAAAACGCUGGAAUGCUAUGGUUAACACACAUGGUCUCCACAAUAAGGAUUGGGUUAAGAUGAUGUAUGAAAAGAGGCAAAUAUGGGCAGAGGCAUUUAUUAGUGGCCAUUUUUUUGCCCGUAUGAGAAGCACGCAGAGAUGUGAGGGUAUGAAUAGCUAUAUGAAGGGUUAUCUGAAAAACGGUGUGAAAUUAUUUGAACUUAUUCCGGCACUUGAUAGGGCAUUGUUACGGCUUAGGAACAAGGUUGUGGAAGAGGAUUUUAAGUCCAAUAACUCUAGUCAUGUCCUUACUUCUUCACUUCGAAAAUUGGAACAUCAUGCAGGUACUAUGUUCACUGAUAGUGUGUUUGAGCAUGUACGUAACGAGAUUGAUGGGGUCGGCGAUUUAAUAACAUCUCGAACUAUGGUGUUUGGUUCAAGUCGUGUAUACUUUACAUCUAGUUACAAUAACAACAAGCAAGAGAUUGAGUACACGACGGUUUACUAUCCUGAUGAAAACAAUCCUCGUAUGGAGUGUUCAUGUAAGCUGUUUGAAUAA